CAUGCAAGUUGACCGCUCUAGUUCUGAAAUUUGUCAAAUUAUCAAAGAACAUGAAAUCCUAUUAAAAAACCUUCAAGAAUGCGACGAUCAGAGAGCUCAUUCUCUGGAAAAUAGUUUAUUAUGCUUCGGUCGAAUAUCUGCAAUUUGUUCACUGGAAAAGGGAAUUUCCAUACUCCACAAUGAUAUAAUUAUGAGAGCUUGUAAAAUGGCAGAGGAUACAGGAAUUGAAGAUCAAGGAAUUGAAGAAGCAUGGAAAAGGGUUGAUCAUAUUAUUGAGACAUGUUUGAAGACUCACGCCCGAAAUGCUGGAGAAUAUCAUAAAUUUCAUUACUUAUGCACCUCUUUAGAAAAAUUCCUUCCAAGGCAAAAAUGA